AUGGCUUCCAUCACCCUCCUCUCCGUCGCUCCCACCGCCACCUUCCUCCACAUCCCGGCCUCCACCUCCUCCUCCUUCGUCGCCGCUCCCGGAAUCCUAGCCGGCCGCCGGGCCGCGCCCCGCGCCCUCCCGCUCCGCGCGCGCCCGCCCCGCCGCGUCACCGUCGUCUGCAGCGGCGCUGCGGCGGCAGCCGAGGCCUCGGACGCCGCGGCGCCAGUGGAGAAGUUCCGGCUGGACAACCUGGGCCCGCAGAAGGGGUCACGCCGGCGGCCCAAGCGGAAGGGACGCGGUAUUGCUGCAGGCCAGGGCGCGAGCUGCGGGUUCGGUAUGCGCGGGCAGAAAUCGCGCUCGGGGCCCGGCGUCCGGCGCGGGUUCGAGGGAGGGCAGAUGCCGCUCUACCGCCGUAUUCCCAAGCUACGGGGCAUUGCCGGCGGAAUGCACAUUGGGCUGCCGAAGUAUAUGCCAUUCAAUUUAAAAGACAUAGUGCGUGGUGGAUUCAAAGAUGGUGACGAAAUAUCACUGGAGACCCUGAAAUCACGGGGUCUGAUCAAUCCAUCAGGCAGGGAAAGGAAGCUUCCACUGAAGAUCUUAGGAGAUGGGGAUGUAUCGGUUAAGUUGAAUAUCAAGGCUGGAGCGUUUUCAGCUUCGGCUAAAGAGAAGCUUGAGGCAGCUGGUUGUUCCCUGACUCUGUUACCUAAACGGAAGAAAUGGCUUUCACAAAAUUAUCUGAAGAACCAAGCUCGUGCAGAAGAGUACUUUGCCAAGAAAAAAGGUGGUGCUGGUUCUGGUGAAUCUGAUAGCGGCUCUGCGUAG